AUGAUUCUGCUCAUGAUGAUCACGGAUAUUGAGUUGAUGGCGGUGGAGAUUGAUGAGAUCAUGGCAAGGAAGACCGCUGAGUCCCUCCUGGCCACGGUCAGCGGCAGCGGAGACUACACUAACAAGCUCGUCUACACUGACUUGGAGCGUCUCAAGGGCUUCAUCCGUCAGAACCCUGGGGUCUCGCCUGGUUUCUCUCUUGACGACGAGAGUGCUGUGGAGAUUCGUUUCAUUGUGAAGUGCGGAGACGAGGAGACUCGCAAGAAGAUCCUCUCCGAUCUCAAGUUGACAUCUGAUACGAAAUAA